AUGAAUUUUAAUACGCAAGGAACUAGUAAUGCCUUUGGUUCUUCCAGUGGGUUUUCAUUCAAUAACAGUAACAAUACCAAUUCUAAUGCAGCCUCUCCCUUUGGUAACUUGAAUAAUUCUUCAAAUAAUAAUACUAAUACCAAUACUAGUGCCUUUGGUUCAGCUGCUAAUAACAAUUCUACCACUGGUGGCUCCGCUGGCACUAGUGCCUUUGGUAAUACUAAUAAUACUUCUUCCUUUGGUAGUAGUGCCUUUGGUAAUUUAAAUUCAAACAAUAAUUCAUCCUUUGGUAAGAAUACGUUUGGUGAUAAUAAUACUAAUAAUAAUGCACCUAAAUUUAGUGGGUUCAGUGCUGCAGCAAAUUCCAAUACUCCUAGUAAACCUGCAUUCGGCGGGUUUGGUUAUAAUGCUUCCACCUCAAAUAGUCUAUUUGGAGGCUCUACUAAUUCUACAUCUAAUAAUAACAAUACCACCUCUCAGCCUUCAACAAGUUUAUUUGGUGGUGCUAACGCUAAUACUGCCACUCAAUCAAAUUCAAGUAUAUUUGGCGGUAGUGGUGCUAACAAUAACAACACAUCUCAGCCAGCAACUAAUCUGUUUGGUAAAUCAGCUACUAAUACAACAGCUCAACAGGCAACAAGUUUGUUUGGAAAUUCUACAGCUAAUGCUACCUCACAACCAACUUCAAGUGUAUUUGGGACUUCUGCUACUAACACCUCAUCUCAACCUGCAACAGGUGUCUUAGGGAAUAAUACUACAACCAAAUCGUCUACUAGUAUCUUUGGUAAAACAGAUUCUAAUACUACUUCUCAACAUGCUGGUAGUUUGUUGGGUGCUACAUCAACAAAUCUUAACGAUGCCACUUCAAAGGAAAACAGUCAGCCAAGUUUAUUCGGUGCUAAUAAUUCAUCUGCCAACAAUUCUCCCUCUAGUAUUCUUGGUGCUAAGAAUACAGUCAACAAUCAAAGUACUUCAUCAAUGUUUGGUUCUACAGGAAAUGCAGCCCCUGCAAGCAUAUCUGAUAACUCUUCUGCUGUCAAAUCUUCAGGUAGUUUAUUCGGUGCCUCCACUAAUAAUGCAUUUAAUUUAUCGUCUACAAAUAAGACAAGCACUCCGGCCUUCUCCUUCGAUGCUGCUAAAAAGGAUGAUGAUCCUAAUAAACCAUCCGGGGUUUCUUUUAAUAUCUCCAGUACCACUCAGACAAAAGAUGAAUCUGCAAAGCCUUCAGGGUUUUCCCUGAGUGCUAAAACAUCUGAAUCAUCAAAACCUAAUAUUUUCUCGAUGGGUAAUAAAGAUUCUACAGAGAAGAAAACAGAAUCUUCUACUAUAAAGUCUGGAUCCUCAACUCCUGCAUUCUCGUUUGGAACAACUACAGAUGACAAGAAAGCAGAAUCUUCAAAACCUGCGUUUUCUUUUGGAGCAGCUACAGAUGAAAAGAAAACUGAGCCUUCAAAACCUGCAUUUUCGUUUGGAACAACUUCAGAUGAAAAGAAAACUGAAUCUUCGAAACCUGCAUUCUCCUUUGGAGCCGAGAAGAAGGAUGAGUUGCCAAAAUCUACUUUUUCAUUUGACACUCAAAAGAAAGCUGAUUCUACUUCCACUAAUGCAACAACUACUGGAUUUUCCUUAGGCGGUCUUGGUUCUACAACGUCUGCAGCAGAUGAUAAAAAAUCAUCUAGUACAACUUCUAAACCCGCAUUUUCAUUCACAUCUACUCAAAAGAAAGAUACUACUCCAACACCAACUCUUUCCUUAGACGGAUCCUCCGCUUCAAAAGAAGAGAAGACUUCUACAACUAAGCCAGCAUUUUCCUUUGGAGGUUCCACUACUACUUCAGCAGGAGAAAGUGAUUCUAAAGCCAAACAAUCUUUCUCUUUUGGUAACAGCACUACUAAUACAAAAACUGAAACAGCAAAACCUGCUGCAUUUUCUUUCAGAGAAAAGAAAGAUGAUGCUGCUAAACCAGGAUUUUCAUUAGGAUCUUCAACAGAUAAAAAAGAAGAAUCUAAAUCAACUCCUGCUCCAACUUCUUCCACAACCGAAACUUCUAAAACUGAUAAACCAAAACCAUUAAAUUCUAAACCGGUAGAAAUUAAACCUGUAUCUUUAGAUAAUAAAACCUUGGAUGACUUAAUCACAAAAUGGACAAGUCAACUAUCUAAUUCUGCUAGCCAAUUUGAUAUUUAUUCUAAAAAAGUAAACCAAUGGGAUGAAGUUCUAGUCCAAGGUGGCGAAGAAAUUAGUCGUUUGUAUUCUGAUGCAGUUACUGCUGAACAAAAUCAAAAUAAGAUUGACCAAUCUUUACAAUAUAUUGAAAGACAGCAAGACGAGUUGGAGAUAUUCUUAGAUAAUUAUGAAAAGAAAACUGAUUCUCUGUUGGCUGAUAUAUUAUCUUCAAGCAAUGGCAGUGCGGCAAAUAAUAACGAUCAAAAGAGAGAACAAGCUUAUCGUACAGCUGAAACGCUUGACAAUAAUUUAAAUUCGUUGGCAUCAAACUUAUCAUCUUUAAUAUCAGAAAUAAACGCAGUUAGCAACACAUUUAACAAAGCAACAAGUUUAGGAUUUAGUAAUAAGGAUGAAAAUACUCAACUAGUGAAAUUAUUAAACACACAUUUAGAUGCAUUAAACUCAUUGAAUGAAUCAUCUGCUGCUUUAGAGACCAAAUUAAACUCUAUCAACAAAUAA